UUUAAGCUUAAAAACCCACCCAACCAAAAACCCAAAAGCCGAGAAAGCCACUAAAAACCCUAGAGUCGAUAAUUACUGGUAGCAUCUUUGUUAGAUUGUUGGAGUGGCCGCCUCCUAAUUUACAGUUCUCAGGUUCUCUCGAUUCAGCCGUAGCCAUGGUGAACGUACCGAAGACCAAGAAGACUUAUUGCAAGAGCAAGGAGUGCAGGAAGCACACAUUGCACAAGGUUACACAGUAUAAGAAGGGUAAGGAUAGUUUGGCUGCUCAAGGGAAACGCCGUUAUGAUCGCAAACAAUCCGGUUACGGUGGUCAGACCAAACCAGUGUUCCACAAGAAGGCAAAAACCACCAAGAAGAUUGUGCUGAGGCUGCAAUGCCAGGGUUGCAAGCAUGUGUCGCAGCAUCCAAUCAAGAGGUGCAAGCACUUUGAGAUUGGUGGAGACAAGAAAGGGAAGGGAACAUCUCUUUUCUAAAUGUGGUGUUCUUGUUCUUUUGUUUUUGUUGGUUUUGAGUUCAAUGCUAGUAUGGAAUUUUUGUCCAAGUUUUGAUUUUUAAUAUUCUCAUUUUAUAAAAACAUUAUUGUGAAAUUCACAUUUUAUUGUUAUGCGUCAA